AUGGGGAGGAAGAAGGUGAAGCUCGCAUGGAUCACCAAUGAUGCCACGAGACGCACCACCUUCGAGAAGCGGAAGAAGGGCCUGGUGAAGAAGGUGAGCGAGCUCGCCACGCUCUGCGGCGUCGAGGCGUGCCUGGUCGUCUACGGGCCUCAGGAUGCGUCGGAGGCGGAGCCGGAGGUGUGGCCGUCGCCGGUAGAGACGGCCCGCGUGGCCAUUCGCUUCAAUAGCAUGCCGGAGAUGUAUCGGUGGCGCAGGAUGACCGACCAGGAGGGCUUCUUCCGGCAGCGCGUCGCCAAGCUGCAGGACCUGCUUCGCCGCCAGGAUUGCGAGAGCAGGGAGCUCGAAGUGAGCAUCUUCGCCCACGAGAUUAUGGCCGGCGGGCGGAGCCUGGACGACGCUGACCUAAAUGACGCGAUGGGACUGGUGCAGAUGAUAGACAUGAAGCUGAAGCUGGUGCAGAACAGGAUAGCAGGGCCGUCUCAAGUCUAUUUAUGGUCCAAGGGGCCCCGAGAGCUAUCAAGGGCCUAUAUCCAGCACUUCAAUCAGAUGGCGAUGAACAUCUUAGCGGUCUCCUUGGACGAGUUAGUAAACAUCUUUACUCAGGGGCGAGCCGAAGGAGAGUUCUUCCAUUCGCUCAUCUGGAGACUGCCGAAGGACUUUGGCCACUUACAAAAAAAGGCCAAUGAAUAUAUCAACGUGGAAGAAGCCCAGGCAGCAUGGAAGAAAGAGACACAUGCCGAGCCCGCAGGAGUAUCUGAACGGUGUCAGCCGAGCAACCAUCAACCUCCCAAGGGGCUUCGAUCAGGAGGAGCCCCGCUAGGCGAGCCCAGGACACAUGCCGUGCAGCAUGUGGCAGCCGCUCGUCCAAAGGCUGCAAAAGGCAAAGUGUGGACGUUGAUGUUCUGCUCCUUCCAAUAG